CCAGGUGAAAAGAAGAGACGCAACAGAAGAGAGAGAGAGAGAGAGAGAGAGAGGGGAGGUUGAGGCUCUGAAAAGAUUGAAUCUGAAAACAGUAAGGUUAUGGUGAAUUGGUGUUUGUGACUUUUAAGUAAAUUGGUUGAAGCUUAUGGACAGAAGCAGAGAAGCUAGAAGAUCAAACAUGGCGGCAACGAACGGAUUGUCGAGACGUCGGCAAAGAACAAGCAGUCUUCGAGAUUCACACGCAGAAGAAGACGAAGAGAUGGAGUUGCAGGAUACAGUGAGGUUAAGAGAUCGUGCUAACAGAAGAGAUAGGGAUAGGGAUAGAGAUAGAGAAAGAUAUAGAGAUCGAGAUUUUUCGAAUCAUAAGAGUCACCACAAGCGUCGGAGAGGCGAUAGUUUAACCCAAGGAGAAGAAGAAAGUACAGAAGAAAGUGUAGCGGAUGAAGAAGAGUAUGAAAUUGAGGAAAGAAGAGUAGCUCACAUAAUUUCUCACAACACCACUUCAUAUUCUUCUUCGUCUUUGUCCAAUCAAAAUAGUAGAAAAUCCCUACCUCCGACUAGACACGGCCGGCCAACGCCGCCGGCUUUGAAGGCCGCCGAUGAGAUGAGUGGAGUCAAGGUCCCAAGGAAGGCCCGCUCUGCUUCCGUGAAAAGGUCGCAUGAGAAUUGGGCUUCUGGAAAUGGUGGAUUUCGGGAAGACCAUAGAGCUUCCACUUCGAGUCGGAGCAUUGAGGGAUUUGAGGCUAAUUCACCUUCAUCUUCUAAUGUUUCAGUGAGGAAAAAGAUGAAACCAAAUGGACCUAAGACUCGUCUUCCAAAGGUUGCGAAAUCUUCUAGCUCAGUUCAACAAGAUGAUAUCGAGAUUGAGAUUGCUGAGGUUUUGUUUGGGCUGAAGAAGCAAUCCCAUAACUCGAAGAAGGAAGAUGAUAGCAUGGGAAAGACAGCGCAAAAUCUUGAAUCGAAAGAUGGUAUUAGUAACAAUCAAGACACAAAACCAUCUGUUUCAGUUUUGGCUCAGAAAGACGGCGCUUCAUCAGAUCUUGGUGGCGCCACGAAGAAGAAGAAAGUCGAGGUUGAUAAUUCUUCAAACCCAGUUGGUUCCGUAGUUAUGUUUGAAAGCGAGCAGCUACCGACAAAAUCGGAAAUAUCUACACCGAUAUCGGAAAUAUCUACACCGAAAUCGGAGAAAACAUCUCAAUUGAAUGUGGCAUCUUGUGAGGCUUCUAAUGAAAUAGAUGCUCCUAAAGUUGCAUUUGUGAUGGUGGAGCCACAGGAAGAGCUAGCCAGGCGACGUGAUGUAAAACUAUCAAUUGAAGGAUCAGAUUGCCCAAACGGUCCAGUGACAGAGAAAAAACCGAUUUCGGCUGAUAAAGAUUCUUGUGCUACCUGCUGUAAAAUGGAUUCGACAGUGACACAAGCGAGUUCAACUGUACUGGAGACUGGGAGCCUAAACGUUGAGAAGUUCAAGAUUGAUCUGAUGGCUCCUCCUCCUAUGGUAUUAUCUCCUGAACUGGAUGGCUUCAAUGAUUUCGCCUCAUAUCCUACAAGUACGGCCCAAGAUAUCAAUAUGAAAUCUUUGGUUAAGGACGAAGAAAAGGCAGAGAGGUUUGUGAAGAAGGAAACAGCAGUACAGGAAGUCGAAGAAAAGAAGAUUGAGCCUAUUGAAGGGAAGAGCAAAUCGAAGUUUGAUUUUGAAAAGCCAAAUCAAGAUGAUGGAAGAGAUAAUGCCUGUAAAUUACAACAGCAGAGUCAAAAGCAGGAACCACCACCUAAAUCUGGAGUUCCUAAAGUGGAAAAAACAGGUCAAUCCGGUUCAGUGCCUUUUCAUGUUGCUGUAGCUGGCUGGCCAAAUGGUCUUCCACCUCUGGGAUACAUGCCUCCAUUUCAAACAAUUAUGUCCAUGGAUGGAAGUGCCAGAUCUGCCCCAACUCAGCAGCCUCCCCAGUUUAUGCUCUCUCAACCUCGGCCAAAGAGGUGUGCUACCCACCAUUAUAUUGCUCGAAAUAUAUACUUGAAUCAGCAGUUUGCAAAGAUGAACCACUUAUGGCCAGCCGGAGCUAGUUCUACUUCUUUAAUUGGGGCCAAAUCCAACAGUCUCAAUGUUAUUCCCUCCACUGAAAACUUAAUUCAUGGAAACCAAUUGCAAGGAAGCUUUCCGGUUGUGAACCUCAAUUCUGUGCAGGACAAAGGGCAGGGUACGACCAACUUUCCAGGUCUUACUCAGAAAGAUAAAAGCUCUGAGAAUGCAAGUUUAAUGGACCCAGCACAGAGAAAGCAGCUAGUGCUUCAACAAGCUCCACAUCCUGCCCCAGCUGGUAACUUUUUGCAUGCCCCUGCUUUCAUCUUCCCUGUAAGCCAACAACAAGCAGCAGCAAAUCAAUCUGGGCCUUCAAAAUCUGCUGCCUUGGCCAAAAGUGCAUCAUUCUCUGGUAAUUCAACACCUGCAAUUCCGGUAAGCUCUACAGCAUUACCAGCAGUAGCUGCAGCUGUGAGUUAUAAUUACCCAAAUAUGGCAGCCAAUGGAGCACCUUACUUGACCAUAGUACAGAAUGAAGGGUUUCCAUUUCCUGUCCCCACCCCUAUUGGAACCCCACCAGCAGUUAGAGGCCAUGCUCAACCAUUGCCUUACUUUAAUGGGUCUUUCUAUUCAUCUCAGAUUUUUCAUCCUUCUCAAAUUCAGCAGCAACAGCAACCUCCCUCACAACCUUUAAUACAAGCAGCUUAUCAAAAUACAACCACUUCAAGUGCCUCAUCAUCAUCUCACAAGCAAACGCAGUCUCAGCAGCCACGUGGGGGACCAGUUAGUGGUAACUUAUUGAGCUCAACAAGCAUGCUACCACAUCAGCAGCAAAAACAGCACGUGCCACCAUCCAAUCAAAAUCGCAAGCUUGAGCCUGAGAUGAGUGGGGAGAAUGCCCCCUCACUUGCUGAUAGCCGUGCCUCUCACAAUCAAACGAGUGUGUAUGGUCAAAACUUCACAAUGCCACUUCAGCCCCUAAACUUUGCCUUGAUGCCAUCACAAAUUGUUGGCGGUGCAGGUCCUGGUAAUCAUGGUGAGAAGCAGCAACAAUCACAGCAGAAGAGUUUAAAGGGUGGAGUUGAGCUCAUCCCUCCUCAGGCAUUCGCCAUGUCAUUUGCAUCCUUUGGUGGAAACAAUUCUGCUUCAAACCUUAAUUUCUCAUCUAUGGCCCAAAAUCCUGCAAUCUUUCAGAGCCUUCCAGAUAUGGCCCGGCAAGGGUACCAGGUUUCACCCGCAGCUCAGGCUGUACAGCAGAAAAAUCACCAAAUAUCUGAGGUGAAGAGUGGAGGAGGUUCAUCGAAUCAUGAUGAUGGAAAAAAAGCAAGUUUCGGGAAGUCACCUGCUUCAAAUGGACAGACACUUGUUUUUGACCAUUCACCUAGAACUCUGAACUUUGUUUCAUCCCCAGUUACGGGAAAUUGGUCCUCACGUCCCAUUACUGCGACUACAAUAACCACAAAUGCCUCUGUCGCUGCUAAUUCUCAGAAUUUCCAGCAACAGCAACUGCUUCAGCUCCAUAAGCAGCAAAUGUUGCAACAUCCGCAACAAUCUGCUGCAGCAGCUCGAAGUAAAGCUCCGUCAACCAACCUGUCUUCAUCUUCCAUUGCCACCAAGCUCUCGAAUAGUGCUCCUAUGUUCCCACAAACUCUAGUCCAAAGCAACAGUUCUGGUCAAUCACCCCAAUGGAAGAACUCAACAAGAACCCAAACUUCUCAAGUUCCUCCAACAUCACUGGGAUCAUCCAAUUCCCCAACUCUGAAGAAUGUUUCCCAGCAGCAGCAAGUGAGAUCCCCACAAGGCCGUACCCAGAUAUCUUUCGAAAGAAAUUCCAAGUCUGGCUUGGCACCCCAAGGGCAACAAAUACCCACUAGCAGCCAGUCUCCAUCUCCCCUAGUUGUUGGAUCUUCGCCAAGUGCCGGAAACCUGAGAACUAGUUCCACCAGCAGCAAAGCUGGCUCAUCAAUUCCAUCUUUGCAACCACAGCAAACUGAGAAUUCUUCAGCUAGCUCUGGCCAGAAAAACUCCCCUGUUUGUGGAAGAAACGUACCAUCCAUCUUGAGCACGUGCCCCAGCCACCUCUCUGAACUCAAGUACUAAACCCUAGAUGCAGCAAGAAUGCAGGCCCAAAAUUUUGUCCAGAAUGCCACCAUUUUAGUCUCCUGCACAUUUUUGACUGCCCACACGUGGGUUUCUUGCAGACAUACCAGAAGAGGUGGAAACGAAAGAAUGAGCACCAAGUAAAAUUACAGUUGCAAUAAGAUAAAGAUUCAGGGAGAGUCAGUCAUCUUCUGACAAGAUCGUACUGGUACAGAAUUUAAAGUGGAGACUGGGGACCUGCCAAUAUUUAAGGGGAAUAUGGUUGGCCUGAUUUGAUACUAAUAUGUAUAUAAUUUUUAAUCUUUUGCAUAGAAAUUAGAAACUAAUCGUUCUAAUUCAUUAUUAUUAUUAUUAUUAUUAUAUUAGUAUCUUAAACUAAUCUUUCUCUUUUCAUUUUGGGAUUAUUGAAUGGACCCUUUGUUUGGCAUAUUGUUAAAGUCAAAAUAGAGAAGAAAAUCUUGAAGAUAGUAGAAUUGUUGAAAGCUAGAAGCGAUUGAUCUUAUUGGUCUAAUCUUGUUUCUGUUUUCUUAUCUCUUGUACCUACCUUUGCUUUAUCCGAUUUUUGGGACCAACUUGCUUUGCAUUC